UACCUGCUAAUUUAAUAACCAAGUUGUGAGCUCAAUCGAUUCCCAUAUGCGGUAUUUUUAACUUUAUUCACUAUUUUCAAGUUUACUUUGGUUAAAAAGUCUACCUAGGUAGUGAUCUAGUAGUGUUGAAAAGUUAUUCAAAAAUGGUUUGUGAUUAUUAAUAAAGUAAUUAUAUUUAUUAAUAAAGGUGUCAUAUUUAUUGUUAAUAAUAGUGACAAAGGUGUUUGUAAAGGAAUAAUGUCGUGGGCCGAUAUGUGGACAUUAUUUAUUGAUAAUGGCUUGUUAGUUAUUGAUAUUGUAGAGGCAACAUCGGACGGGAACGAUGGGAGCGACCGCGGAGGGAAGCAACGCCGGGAAGGACCGACGCCGGAGGUAAGCUACGCUCGGCAGGAAGACGACGACAACCGUUGAGGAGUAGGACGAUGUCGGAAGCUGGGGAGCGCUGCCGGAGAUGGAAGCGAUGUCGAUGCUAACGAGAGAAGUAGGUCGUUGGUGGACUGGGCCGACGACGGCAACGGAGCUUCCAGCCGAUGGCGGAGUACGCUUGCGGGAGCAGAAUCGCCGGCCAGAGAGCUCAAGGAAGCUGGACCGGCGGCGGCAACGGAAGCUAGGGUUCGGCGUUGGUGGACUGGAACGACAACGACAACAGGAUCUGGCUGCCGUCAGCGGAGAAUGCUUGCGGGAGCAGAAUCGUCGAUCGGAGAACUCAGCGGGAGGGACGACCGAUGUAUGUGUUUUGAUUUGAUAGAGAAACGGUUCAGAUGCGGGAGGAAAAAGAAAAAGACUAUACGUGG